CCCCCUGCCCUCGCCAUGCCCAGAGCCUUCCUGGUGAAGCGCCGGAGCCCGCAGCCGGCGGUGCGCAGCUGGGAUGGGCUGCCCGAUGAGGAGAGAGCCGACACCUACAUCCCAGGCGGCAUCGGCUGCGUGCUGCUGGGCUACGAGGACAGCUGCAGCCUGGAGAGCAGCGGGAGCAGCAGCGGGACCCGCGACGCCGAGCCCAGCGACUCCCCCACCCUCCAGCCCCCCCCCGGCGACCUGGGCACGGCCGGGGGGAUGCUACUGGACCUGGCCGUCAAGCGCCCCGUCGUCAGGUCGAAAAUCAAGUUCACCACCGGCACCUGUAACGAUGCUACGGUGCAUAGCUGCGAGCUGUGCGGCAAAGGCUUUCGCUUGCAGCGGAUGCUCAACCGUCACGUCAAGUGUCACAGCCAGGUGAAGAGACACUUGUGCACCUUCUGCGGAAAAGGCUUCAACGACACCUUCGAUCUGAAAAGACAUGUCCGGACCCAUACUGGAAUUCGGCCUUACAAAUGUGAAGUUUGCAACAAAGCCUUCACCCAGCGCUGCUCCCUGGAGUCCCACCUUAAGAAGAUUCACGGCGUGCAGCAGCAGUACGCCUACAAACAGCGGCGAGAUAAACUUUACGUGUGCGAAGACUGCGGCUACACGGGCCCCACGCAGGAGGACCUGUACCUGCACGUUAGUAACGUUCACCCCGGAAGCGCUUUCCUGAAAAAAACCUCAAAAAAACUCGCAGCCGUUUUGCAAAACAAACUGAGCCCUGUCCUGCAGAGGAACUCCAAAGAUGACGACAAGGAUGAGUAACACGGUGGAUUACAGUGGUCUAAAGGAAUGAAGUUUACAUGUAGGACUAUAGAGAUAUAUAUAUAUAUUAUUUUUUUAAAAACAAUUUUGGAAGAAAACCCUGAAAUGAAAGGGAUGCUUUGGUUAACGGGACUGUCUUGGUGUUGGCACAACCUCAACUUGAAAGAAAUAUUCCGGUAUAUGAUGCAAACAUCAUACUUUUUAUCUGGUCAAGAAAAAUGGAAAGCUUGGAAGAGGCCGUCACAUCUCGGAUGGAAUAUUUACUGAACUGACCUUCAGGCAACCCGUUUUCUGUCUCGGCUCUACCACACGUCCGCGUGGCCAUUGACAAAUACCUUCGCCUUUCCCCAGUGUAUUUUGCAAAGAUGAUAACCGUUACCUCCCUACAGAUUCCUUUUGAGAGGUUUGGGUGAAAAGUGCCGUGUAAGCGCAGCUGCCACUACAUUGUUCUAUGCAAAAUUAAUUAAACUGGUCUUAAGAACCGGAGUAUGCUGUAUCGGUAAAUAAGAUAAAAUGUGCAAAUAACCUUAACUCUGCCCUCCGUGCAGUAAACUAGUGAUUUAUGGAAGCAUGAUCCAAGGUGAGCUGAAACUUCUUUUUAAAGGACGCAGAACUUUUUCCUCCCAAACUUCCCAGGGCAGACUUAUGGUCAUGUUUAAGGUACUUCAAGCUGUGAACUUAUUUUAUCAUGUUUAGAUUUAAGUGUAACCUUAACGCUGAUGUUCCUGGACUUGUCAUGGUCACUUUGGGGGUCAUUGCCCCACCCUUUUAACAUACAUCAAUAUCAACCCAGAAACCCAAAGAAAACACUUGGAUGACUUGAAGAUAUGUAUUUUUCUGUCAUGACGAAAUGCAAUUUUGUGUGUAUUUUAUGGUGUGUGUGCGCGCGUGUGCAUUUGGGGAUUUUUUUGUCUUAUUAAUGAUCAAGUGCCCGUUCACUGAUAGAACAGAGCGGUGCAAUGCAGUGAAGAGUGAGAUUUAGCCUGGCCCUGCCUCAUGAGAUCAGUGCAAAAAUGUAGGCAUGAACCUGUACCCGCUGUCACUUCGGAGGGCUCCGAGUGAGACUGAUGCCGCGAGGGAAGGAGGUGGCCACGACGCUGAGGGUGCUGGCACUUGUGCUUUUGGACUUCCCCCGAAGUCCUGCUCCAGCUUCUGUUGACCCAGGACAACCCAGAGGGCAGCCUGUAGGGACUGUGGAGUGUGAAUUUAGGGAUUUGGAAAAAAAAAAAAAAAAGGGAGGGAGGGAGAGGGAUGCCCGUAACUGAUAUCGCUGAAACCGCCGCCUGACACUGAGACUCUAAAGAAGCUGCUGCAGCCUUUACUGGGCACUUGGGUGUCUAUUAGAAAGACAGGGUGGGGUGGUGACACCCUCAGCGACCACAAGUUACUCUGGUCCAAGCCUGUGUUAUUCAUUUGUCUCUUAAUGGACACAGCCGCUAAACGGGUUUUACAUCAAUUUAUAUGUCUAACAAUUAGUGGAUUUCAUUUGUAAAUUCCCCAAAGCCAUUUCGUGCUCAAAAUCAAGCUGUACGCUUGGGGCAGGACACGCCGUAUUCUAUAUGCGUCGAAACAACAGCUGAAAAGUCAGCCACCUAAAAUACAGAGUCGUAGCCAGGACCUUAAGAAUCAUUACUACUAAAAUGAGAGAUUCUGAGCGUGUCUGCAAGAAUUGUAAAAAUCUUCUCCAUUUGCCUCAGUUUUGUACAGGCAUCUGCUUGGGGUUUUGUGGGGAGAAGCUUCUAGGGGUUUUAAAGCAUUUCUAAUGAUAUUAAUAUUUUAUUCAGCACAACUGUUUGGUGCUUGGGACCUUGAAAACAAGGAUAAUAAAGUGAUGAUACUGUGUAAAGAACAAACUUGUCAUCCUAUGUAACAGGAAAGUUCACAGAAUGCUUUAAGGAAUGGGAAGUCCACAGGAAAAAAGAAAAAGCAUCUGCGGUAAAUUAGGAGAUCCUUACUUUGCAAAAAGAGCUAAAGCUGAGCCCCAGUUCUUCUGAGAUCAUGCCAUUAUAACUGCAGA